GCUGCUCCAGGUGGUGGCUUGGGGCUGGGAAGAGGUUUAGGUGCUGGAAAAGCCUCAGUCCUGGCUGAGGCUGCCGAGUUUCCCAUCAGAACCAGUGAGCUGUCAGGUGGAAACCCGUCCCCACCCUCGGCCCAGCGCAGAUGGGAAAUGGGGAAUCCUCCUCCUGGCAGGCCUGGAGCGUGGAUCCCGAUCCCACGGGGCUGUUUACAGUUGGAAACACAUCCAGGAGGGAAAGGCAGGCGUCAGGAUCCCGCCCUCCUGGCUUUGGGGUGCCUCAGGACAGGGAAAUGCAACCCAGAACCGCCGGGAACUGGUUCUGUACACGAGAAAAAUAAUCAUAAAUUAAGGGGGGGGGGGCUGAGAGGCUGCAAAUGUCAGUUUUUAAAAGCACUAUUUUCUGUUUUUCCUGUUGGAUCUCCUUUUUUUAGGGAAGGUGGAGCCAAAUGAGUCGCUAGCAGCUUGGCAAAGUGCAGAUCAGCUUGCUUGCGCCGAGGAGGACAGGAAGGAAAGAGUCAAGCUUGUUGUAGGGCCUUCCUGGUGGGAACAGAAUUUUUUAAUGAAGGUUUACCCUGAAACAGGCAUCCUAACAGCAGACUGCUCAGGUUGCAAGUGGAGCCUGGCAGAGUGUCCCUCAGGGCUCGUGCAGAUCCCGGUGAGCAUGUACCAGACCGUGGUGACCAGCCUGGCCCAGGGCAACGGCCCCGUGCAGGUGGCGAUGGCGCCGGUGACCACGCGGAUAGCGGACACGGCCGUCACCAUGGACGGGCAGGCGGUGGAGGUGGUCACCUUGGACCAGUGACCCCGCCCGCCGCGGGACCCCGCCA